AACUGACGCGACUCGCGGUUUGUCCGCUAUUCGACAUUGAAACCACGUCAAAAUACACAGUAAUCCAAAGAGCCGACGGGAAGGUAUUUCGUUUGAUCCUCGCCGCAUCUCCAGAUAAAGUCGCUUAACUUAAGGACGGAGCGAAGGAAUUUAAAGAAAAGUAAGGUGGUUUCAGGAUGGCUUUGGUAUCGGAGAUUCGAAGCACGACGCCCUUCGAGGGUCAGAAACCAGGAACGAGCGGUUUAAGGAAGAAGGUCAAGGAGUUCAUGGAAAAACAUUACACCGAAAACUUCGUGCAAUGCAUCCUGGACUCUCUAGGCGAUAAGCUGGAAGGAUCAACACUGGUCGUCGGCGGCGACGGACGGUACUUCUCCAAGCAGGCCAUCAACAUCAUCAUCCGCAUCGCGGCCGCAAACAAGGUGGCGAAGCUGAUCAUCGGACAGAUCGGAAUCCUCUCCACUCCAGCCGUCUCCAGCCUCAUCCGCAACCACAAAGUCCUAGGUGGUAUAGUCCUCACAGCAUCACAUAAUCCAGGCGGUAUUCACAACGACUUUGGUAUCAAGUACAAUUGCGAGAACGGUGGACCGGCGCCCACGCAGUUUACCGACGAUGUUUACGAGCGCACCAAGACCAUCAAGGAGUACAGAAUCUGCCCGGAAUUGGACUGCGAAUUCCACGAAGUCGGCACGCAAACUUUCCAAGUCGACGGUCGACAAUUCGUCGUUGAGGUCAUCGACUCCACAGUGGACUACGUUAACUUGAUGAAGGACAUCUUCGAUUUUGGUAAACUGAGAAGUUUGAUCCAAGGAACGGAAACCAGGGAACCUUUCAACGUCCUCAUGGAUUCCAUGAACGGAGUGACUGGUGUUUACGUGAGAAAGAUCUUCCUCGAGGAAUUGCACUCAGGUCAGGACAGCUGUCGCAGGAUAAUCCCUCUGGACAACUUCGGCGAAAUCCAUCCGGAUCCCAACCUGACGUACGCUAAAGAAUUGGUCGACAAAGUUAAGGAGAACCAGAAGAUCCAAUUGGGCGCCGCGUUCGACGGUGACGGCGAUCGUAACAUGAUCAUCGGACAGAACGCCUUCUUCGUAACACCCAGCGACAGUUUAGCGGUGAUUGCCAACAAUUUGAACUGCAUUCCUUACUUCGAGAAGAACGGAGUUUGCGGAUUCGCCAGAUCCAUGCCGACCGGCGCUGCAGUCGAUCGAGUUGCUGCGGCUUUGAACAAGGAGAUGUUCAUUGUGCCGACUGGUUGGAAGUUCUUCGGGAAUUUGAUGGACGCUGGACGGUUGUCGCUGUGCGGCGAAGAGAGUUUCGGCACCGGGUCGGAUCACAUCCGCGAGAAGGACGGGAUUUGGGCUGUCCUUGCGUGGCUUUCCAUCGUCGAGCACAAGAAGAUGAGCGUGGAGGAGAUCUUGCAAGAGCAUUGGAAGCUGUACGGAAGGAAUUACUUCACGAGGUACGAUUACGAGGAGUGCGAGUCGGAUGGUGCUAACAAGAUGGUGGAGCAUCUGGAGAAGUUGUUGGAAGAUGGUAGUUUGAUCAAGAAGGAGUUCGUCGUUGAUGGAAAGAAGUUCGUGGUGAAGGCUGCAGAUAACUUCUCGUACACCGAUCCCAUCGAUAAAAGCUUCACCAAGAACCAGGGAAUUCGGAUAAUCUUCGAGGACGAUUCCCGCCUGAUUUUCCGACUUUCCGGAACCGGAAGCAGCGGCGCCACCAUCCGUUUAUACGCCGACAGCUACGAAAGGGAAAACGUGACCGGAGACGCUCAGACGAUGCUGAAACCGAUCAUUUCCGUCGCUCUUCAAGUUUCCAAAUUGGAGGAAUUCACCGGAAGGAAAGAGCCCACCGUGAUCACAUAGAAGAAGCAAAAGAAAAGAAAUGAAAAAGAAACGUUCCUCUACUUUCCAUGAUACUAUUAAUUAU